GGUGUCCUCCAGUACCAGAUUAUAAAGGAUGGAGGAAGCCGAAUUGUUCCUUAAUUCUUUCUUGCUGCAGCAAGGUGGAACCCUUGCAGUGUUUGCUUCUCUGUGACUCUUGCAGUUAGUGUUAGUUUAGCUGGGUUCAGAAAAAAGGGGUUGUACCCAUGUUAUCAGUACUACUUAGGCCUUUGGUCAGCAGUUGAGACUUUGAAACUAUCUACUUCCCCUACCCUAGGCAGAAGGGAUGCAUGAGUGCCCUAGCACACCAGAAAGGGUAGCCUCACCAUCUUCUCCAUCAGGAGACAGUAGGGACUUAUCUCCUGCCCAUCCCCUCCAUUGGGUCUUUCCCUGACUUCCCAGUGUGGAGCUGAGACUGCUCUUAAAACAGGAGAUGGCAUGUAUCUCACAGGGAGCAAGUCCCUAGCAUCCUCUUCUGUGUCCAUCAGUCCAACAUCCAUAUGCUUGAGUCAUGGUCCUGAGGUAGGCAGCCACAUACCUGCAAGCCAACAUCCUUUUGCCCCUCUUUUAGGGUUAAAUCCUCUUAUCCUAAAAGGCAGUAUAGAUCUUCCCAGCCAGGUCAGUUAGUGCAACCAUACCUCCUAGAGAGAGGUGAAACAAUUGAUCCUAGUGGCAAUUUUGAUGAAGUAGUCAAUCCCUCUGUCAGUGGUUUUCAAUCUUUUUUCAUUUGCAGACUCCUACAAAACUUCAAAUGGAGGUGUGGACCCCUUUGGAAAUCUUAGACAUAGUCUGUGAAUCCCCAGGGGUCAAUGGACCACUGGUUGAAAACCACUGCUCUGUGUCUUGUCCAACAAAUGACUUCAAUGCAUUCCAAGACCUGAAAUGUAUGGUCAAGACCCUUAAUGUUCCACUGGAAGUAUUGAAGAGAAGUCACUAGAUAUUCUGCACCCUUCUAUACCUGAUAGAUUCAUCAUGUCUAUUAACAAGGGAUUGUUAGAGCCUGUAAAGGACAAGAGUGGAAUCCAUGUGGACAAAUACUUGAAAAAGUAACUGUUCUCUCCCUUAUAGCAAUGGUGGUUCUUCAGCAUGGGUUGUCCACAUGGAUUCCAGAACCAUUUUUGCUGCUGCUGAGGAGUGCUACACUUCUAUCCUGUAUUGGCAAAGGAACUGAGGGGUGUUGGGCACACUUCACUCUUUAUGCCCUCAGUGUGGGAUAAGGGCAUCUAAGGCCCAGGAGUUGCCCCAGUGGCUACUACUGGCCAAAAGAACCUGAUAUUGCAUGUAUGGGGUGCAUGUGCCUCAAGAGAAGGAGCCAUAUGGACAAAACUUCUUGAACCGCAGUUACUGUAAGGGCAGAGUUUGUCGUCCACCCCUCCAGUGCGGGCAGUUUACCUUGGGCCAGACAGUGGUGCUUCAAAGCAGUUGGACACACAAUCAGUUUCACAGGUUGAGAUUUGCAAACCUGCUUUUUAACCUGCGGAUCCAGAGUCUGGGAGAGAACUUGUCACCAACAUGAAAACAAUUAUUGCAGCUUAUUCCCAAAAUCGUAGUGGGAGCCGUGCCAGCAUUCAGGCCGCCCUGCAUACUCUGCUAACCGUGCCCUGGCCCUCGCAGCGGGAGUUCCGAGCAUGCAUCCAGCUCCUCGCAGUUCUGCAGUGGGUCCUCAGCUUCUUGCUGAUGGGAAUCAUCUUCCUGUUUCUCCUCGUCUAUUUGGUUUUCACCAGUUUGUGGCCAGUUUCUGCUCUAUACUUUGCCUGGGUAAUCUUUGACUGGGAUGCACCGGAGCAAGGUGGGAGGAGGUCGGCAUGGGUGCGAAACUGGCCUGUCUGGAAGCAUUUCCGAGAUUAUUUCCCUGUUCAGUUAGUGAAGACUCACAGCCUCCUCCCCAGUCACAAUUAUAUCAUUGGCGCACACCCCCAUGGGAUCCUCUGCGUUGGGGCCUUUUGCAACUUCAUCACCGAGUCCACUGGCUUCUCUGAGAAGUUCCCUGGCAUCAGACCCUUCCUGGCCACACUGGCUGGCAACUUCCGGCUGCCUGUCUUCCGGGAGUACCUGAUGAGUGGGGGCCUGUGCCCUGUGACGCGCCGGGCCAUAGGGUACCUGCUCUCUCAGAAUGGCAGUGGGAACGCUGUGGCCAUCGUGAUUGGAGGUGCGGCUGAGUCGCUGUCUUGCCAGCCAGGAGUCACCACAUUAAUCCUCAAAAACCGCAAAGGCUUUGUUCGGAUGGCGCUGCAGCAUGGGGCACACCUGGUUCCUGCCUUCUCCUUUGGUGAGAACAACCUCUUCCGGCAGGUGGUUUUUGAAGAGGGCAGCUGGAUGAGGGGCAUUCAGCAGAGGUUCCAGAAGCUGGUGGGCUUUGCUCCCUGCGUCUUCUAUGGACGGGGUUUAACCUCUAUCCAUUCCCGAGGCUUCUUGCCCUACCCGAAGCCUAUCACCACUGUCAUAGGAGAACCUGUGACGGUGCCCAGGAUCCAGGAGCCUAGCCACGAGACGGUGGAUCUGUACCAUGCUAUGUACAUCCGCUCCCUGCUCAAACUCUUCAAUGACCACAAAGCCAAGUAUGGCCUGUCGGAGACGGACGAGCUGAGGAUCUUGUGACUGAGGCCAGAGAGAAGCCAGGGGACUUUGGGCAGCCAAGCCCUAAUUCUCAAGGGCUGCCUGCUCUUGGAGGUUGGAAUGGCAACUUACGUGGCAGGAUGGGGGUUCUCAGGGACAUACUGUUCACCACAACUACUGCUUGCUUUCUACCCCAGUAUCUUACUCACUUGUCCCCUUGGUGCUGCCCCAGCCUCUGCUUCUGUUUGUUCCCUCCAGAAGAUGAAUGAAGGAAGGAGAGAGCUCCCUGCUUGCCAUAUCCCCGCGUUUCCUGUGUGCUUUCUGCUCGCUCCCAUGGGCAAUGCAGUGAGUUGGCUUCCUCAACUCCCAAAGCCCCUUCAGGGACGGAAGGAGCACAGGAAGGACAGGUGCUGGGGCUUGGAGGAGAUGGGGAGUGUGCAUGUGAGCAGAGGGACACGGGGGAACAAGUGUGGGGACAUUUCUCCUCUGCCCGAACCCCACUCUCCUGGAGGGAGAUGAAUAGUAGCUUUAUGCUGCUGCUAAUGGAACAGAGAAACGCAAACCUGCAGGCUAAACUCUGCCCUGGCUAAGAAGGAGGGAGGGUGAGAUGGAUAGAAUAGGGGAAAAGAGGGGAGGGAGGAGAAAAAUGGAGGGAAAACCCUUGACUGUAGCAAAUGUGAAAAACAGGGUUACCAGAGGGGCCUGCAAUGCCAGGCAGGGUGUGUUGUGAAGGGCAGGGCCCUGAGACUGAGGGUCUCUGAGGAGCUGGCUGCUGACUCAACUCCUUGUCUAAGGAAAGCUGGGCAGCUAUAAUUCCUUGUGGCCUUGUCUAUCACUGGUGCCCAUGUAGAAUGGAGCCUCCUGGGAGGGUUUGUCCUUCCAUCUCUGUUUUGCUGGCUAAACGUGUAGCUCAGAAGCAGGCAUGUCAGGCUGUUUACCCCCUAGGGGACAUGUCAUCCCUGCACCGGGUUGGGAGUUCUCCCUGUGGUGGUUAGCACAGGCAGCUUUGCCUCAGCCUUAGAAUCAGGACAGGGCCGUGGCUUCCCUUUCCACAAUGAGGAGCGAUGGACAGUCAAGGAGUUCAUGGGAAGCUUGGUGAGACUCUGGCCAGGACAUAGCCAGGAUGCACAAGAUUUUCCCUUUGCAUCUCCCCUUCCCAACACGUCUUGUUCCCUGCCUGAACUGUGGCCAGGGCACAAGGGGGAGGGGGUUCAUAGAUCCACCUGAGCAGCUGAGACUUGGUUGUAUUUUGUGACAACCUGCCCUCCCUGUCCCCCCCAGCCACCCUGUAGUCCCCACUCCUGCCCCAUGCUGGGGAUGGGGAAGCUCCAUCCCCUACCCCCUGUGAGGCGCAACAGGGGAGGAAGGAAGCCAUAUGUGAAGGCAAUGCCCUCUCCGCCAGCACCCAUUAACCCACCCACCACCGGGGAGAUGGGAGAGGGAGGCUUCCUAGACCUGAGCAGCUGGGGCUUGGGUGAAUUUUGUGACACCCUGCCCCCCCCAUAGCCACCACCCUGCAGACUCCACUUCUGCCCCACUCUCGGCAAGCGUCAGCCCCAUCCACAGUGAAGCUAUGGUGAGGGGCAGCAGCAGGGGAGGCCACCUGUGAUGGCAACCCACCCCCCAGUACCCAUCAUAGGGGAGGUGAGUGAGCUUUCUGGAUCUGAGAGGGGCUCUAGGAGCAUGUGCAGUAACUGUGGUGCAGAGUGAGUGUGCUGUGAGGGGGAGA